AUGCCGUCUUUCCGUGCCGUUCUGUUCGGCGGCCUGGUCGCCCUACUGGCCGCCCCCCUGUCCGGACCGCUGAGCGGAUCGCUGUCCGGAGCUUCGCCCGGGCUGCUGUCCAGCGCCGCGGCCCAGCAGGCGGCCGAGCAGCCCUUCUCCGCCUGGCUCGGCGACUUCCGCGCCCGCGCGCUGGAGCAGGGCCUCGCCCCGGCCACCCUCGAUCGGGCCUUCGCCGGCGUCGAACCGGUCGCGCGGGUGAUCGAGCUGGACCGGCGCCAGCCGGAGUUCGUGCUGGGCUUCGGGCGCUAUCUCGCCAACGCGGUGACGGAAGAGCGCAUCGCCCGGGGCCGCGCGCUGCUGGAUAAGCACGCGGUCCUGCUGAGCCAGGUCGAGCGGACCUACGGGGUGCAGGCGCGCUUCCUCGUCGCCUUCUGGGGGCUGGAGACCAACUUCGGCGCCACCUUCGGCAGCUUUCCGGUGAUCGACGCCCUGGCGACCCUGGCCUGGGACGGCCGCCGCCGCGCCUUCUUCGAGGCGGAACUGCUGCAGGCGCUGCGCAUCGUGCAGUCCGGCGACAUCGAGCCGGCGCGCAUGGAGGGCUCCUGGGCCGGCGCCAUGGGCCAUCUGCAGUUCAUGCCCUCCACCUUCACGGCCCAUGCGGUCGACGGGGACGGCGACGGGCGGCGCGACAUCUGGGGCUCGCUGCCCGAUGUCUUCGCCUCGGCCGCCAACUACCUCUCGGCGCUGGGCUGGAACGGCGACGAGACCUGGGGCCGCGAGGUGCGGCUGCCCGAGGGCUUCGACUACGGCCUGGUGUCGAUCGCGACCCGGCCGGAGAUCGUCAAGCCGCUGGCCGCGUGGGCGGACCUGGGGCUGCGCCGGGCCGACGGCGGCCCGCUGCCGCGCGCGGAGAUGCAGGCGGGACUGAUCCUGCCGGCCGGGGCCGAGGGACCGGCCUUCCUGGUCUACGAGAACUACGGCCACAUCCUCUCCUGGAACCGUUCGAUCCUCUAUGCCGUGGCGGUGGGGCACCUGGCCGACCGGCUGAUCGGCCUGCCGCCGCUGGCGACGCAACCGCCGGCCGAGGCGGAGCGCCUGGCCGUCGCCCAGGUCGAGGAGAUCCAGCGCCGCCUGGUCGCCCUGGGCUUCGACGCCGGCGAGGCCGACGGGCGGAUCGGUCCGCAGACGCGCGAGGCGAUCCGCGCCUUCCAGCGCUCCCUCGGCCUGCCGGCCGAUGCCUUCGCCUCGCCGGCCCUGCUGCAGACCCUGCGCCGCCGCACCGAGGGGAGGGGAGCGAGUCGGGAUAUGAGGGGGCGUCUUCUGCGUUUCGCCUUGGUGGCCGCGCUGGCCGGCGGGCUGGCCGCCUGCGGCAGCAGCGAUCCGAAGCCCGAGCUGGGCGCCGCGCCGGACGGCGCCGGCGUGCCCGGCAAGGGCUACUACAAGGUGGGCAGCCCCUACCGGAUCAACGGCGUCUGGUAUCGCCCGGCGGUGGCCUACGACUACGACGAGACCGGCAUCGCCUCCUGGUACGGUCCCGGCUUCCACGGCAAGCAGACGGCCAACGGCGAGGUCUUCGACCAGUACGACCUGACGGCCGCGCACCCGACGCUGCCGAUGCCCUCGCUGGUGCGCGUGACCAAUCUGGAGAACGGCAAGACAAUCGAGCUGCGCGUCAACGACCGCGGGCCCUUCAAGAACGGCCGGAUUCUGGACGUGUCCCGGCGCGGCGCCGAGCUGCUCGGCUUCCUCGCCGACGGCACGGCGCGGGUGCGCGUGCAGAUUCUGGAGCGCGAAAGCCGGCAGCUCGCGGCGCUGGCCCAGGGCGGCCAGAUCGCGCGCCGGCCGCAAGGCGGGGUCGAGCAGGUGACGGCCGCGCCAUUGGAAACCGUGGCGGCCGAGCCCUUGGCGGCGCCGGCCGCGACGAGGUCGCAGGGGGAGCAGACGCGGCAGACCGCCGGCCGCCGCGGGGCGGCGGACUACCCCGCGCCGAGCGGCGAGGUGCGCCAGGUCGCGGUGGCGGACUCCAGCCUCUUCAUCCAGGCGGGCGCCUUUUCGGAGCAGGGCAACGCGCUCAAUCUGGCCCGGCGGCUGACGCCCUUCGGCGAGCCGCAGGUGGCGCAGACGCAGGUCGACGGGCGGCGCUUCUGGCGCGUGCGCCUGGGGCCGCUGCGCGACGUGGCGGAAGCCGAUGCCGUGCUCGCCGCGCUGAUCGACGGCGGCUUUCCGCAAUCCCGCGUGGUCGUCGACUCCCGCCCCGCGGAUCACGACCGAGAGGGAGACCCGCGCCCCAUGCACCGCCGCCCGACCAAGUCCCGCCGCCCGGCUUACCUCCGCCCCUACCUCGGCCUGCUGGUCGCCUGUCUGCUGGCGGGUCUGUUGCUGCGGCCCGCCGCCGCCUUCGAGACCGCGGCCGAGGAGGCGAUCCUGAUCGAUCUGGCGGCGGACACGGUGCUGUUCGAGAAGGGCGCCGACCGGCCGAUCCCGCCGGCCUCGAUGAGCAAGAUCAUGACCGCCUACAUGGUCUUCAAGCGUCUGAAGGCCGGCGACCUCAGCCUGGACGACACCUUCCUGGUCUCCGAAAAGGCCUGGCGCAAGGGCGGCUCCAAGAUGUUCGUCGAGGUGGGCGAUCGCGUGGCGGUGCGCGACCUGCUGCGCGGCGUCAUCGUGCAGUCGGGCAACGACGCUUCGAUCGUCCUGGCCGAGGGGAUCGCCGGCUCCGAGGCCGCCUUCGCCGAGAUGAUGAACGAGGAGGCGGAGCGUCUCGGCCUGACCAGCUCCAACUUCGUCAACGCGACCGGCUGGCCCGACCCGGGGCACCGCAUGUCGGUGCGCGACCUGGCCAAGCUGGCGACGGUGCUGAUCGAGGACUAUCCCGAGUACUACGGCUUCUAUUCCGAGCUGGAGUUCACCUGGAACGAGAUCCGCCAGUCCAACCGCAACCCCUUGCUCUACCGCAACAUCGAUGCGGACGGGCUGAAGACCGGCCACACCGAGGAGGCGGGCUACUGCCUGACCGCCUCGGCGGUGCGCAACCAGCGGCGGCUGGUCAUGGUGGUGGCCGGGCUCGACUCGGCGCGCGCGCGGGCCGAGGAGUCCGAGCGGCUCCUGGAGUGGGGCUUUCGCGAGUUCAGCGCCGAGACGCUGUUCGAGACCGGCGAGGUGGUCGAACAAGCCGAGGUCUGGCUGGGUCAGGCGGAGACCGUGCCGCUGGUGAUCGCCGAAGAGGCGGUAAUGGCGCUGCGCCGCGACGCCCGCGACGAGGUCGAGCUGACGGUGACCUACGAAGGGCCGAUUCCGGCUCCCAUCGAGGCCGGCGCGCGCCUGGCCACCCUGACGGUCGAGGCGCCCGACAUGCCCAAGCGGGAGUUUCCCCUGCUGGCCGGCGACGACGUGGAGCGCCUGGGGCCGCUUGGCCGGCUGAUGGCCGGGGUCAAGCACUUGAUCCUGGGUCGGUUCAUCACCUUCGAGGGCGGCGAGGGCGCGGGCAAGUCGACCCAGGUGCGCCGCCUUGUCGCGCGACUGCAGGCGGCGGGGCACGAGACCCUGGCGACCCGCGAGCCCGGCGGCAGCCCGGGCGCCGAGCAGAUCCGCGAGCUGCUGGUGCAUGGCGAUUCCGCCCGCUGGGACGCCACCAGCGAGACGCUGCUGCAUUUCGCCGCCCGCCGCGAUCACCUGACCCAGACGGUCUGGCCGGCCCUGGCGCGGGGGCUCUGGGUGGUCUGCGACCGCUUUGCGGACUCGACCCGGGCCUACCAGGGCGCGGGGCAGGGCGGCGACCCGGCCUUCAUCGAGACGCUCUAUGCCGGCGUGGUCGGCGACUUCCGGCCCGACCUGACGCUGAUCCUGGACUUGCCCGUCGGGCAGGGGCUGGCGCGCGCGGCGGCGCGGCGCGACGGCGGCGAGCGCUACGAGGGCAUGGGCCAAGCCUUUCACGAGCGGCUGCGCCACGGCUUCCUGGCGAUCGCCGCGCGCGAGCCGGAGCGCUGCUGCGUGAUCGACGCCGGCGGCGACGAAGCGCAGGUCGCCGCGGCCGUCUGGGCGGCGGAGGCGCCGGCCCAGGCCUGGCCGGAGCCGCGGGCCAAUCCGCGUCUGCUGGCGCAGGACGCGGCCGAGGGGGCGUUGCUCGCCGCUCAUGCCUCGGGCCGCCUGCCGCACGCCUGGCUGCUGACCGGUCCGCGCGGCGUCGGCAAGGCGACCCUGGCCUACCGCUUCGCGCGCUUCCUGCUGGCCGAGCAGGGCGGGGCGGCCGCCGGCCCCGGCCUGUUCGGCGAGGCGCCGCCGUCGCCCAGCAGCCUGGCGCUGGCGCCCGAGGAUCCGACCUUCCGCCGGGUGGCGGCCGGCGGGCACCCCGACCUGGUCACAGUGACGCGAACGAUCAAUCCGAGCAGCAAGAAGCUGCGCGGCGAGAUCGUGGUCGACGACGUGCGCGCGGCCACCGGUUUCCUGCGCCACACCUCGUCGGAGGGCGGCUGGCGGAUCUGCGUCGUCGACGCCGCCGACGAGAUGAACCCCAAUGCCGCCAACGCCCUGCUGAAG